AUGUUUGAAUGUCCAAUAUGUUUAGUAUCAUAUGAUAAUCAUGAAGCCUUUACAUUUCCUUCUUGUUUUCAUACAUUUUGUAAAAAUUGUUUAAAAUCAACUUUUGAAACCAGAAUAAAGGAAUAAAAUAUAAACCUAGAUAUCUUUAAAUGCCCUGGUUGUGAAAUUCCAUUUGAUCAAUCAUUGAUCUAGAAUUUUAUAUCAUAAGAAUCUUUUAAGAAAUACUGUGAAUUAAGUAUAGAAAUGAAUCAAAUUUUUGGUUUGGAAGAAGAUGAGAUAUUGGCGAAUUGUUUAAACGAGGUUUGUAGAGAAAAAUAUAUAAUCUGGAAGAAUGCAGGUUUUAUAAAAUUGUAUUGAUUUAGAAUAUUAGAAAUGUAUAAAAUGUAAAAUGGAAUAUUGUCGUUUAUGUUUUUUACCAUAACAUAAAGAUAUUUGUACUUGUGAAGAAUAAAAAUUAAUCUAUUAAGACAAAGUUUAUAAAGAUUUAAAAGUUCUACUCAAAGCAAGUAGAUGUCCUAAAUGCAUGAUUUUUGUAGAAAAGGUUGCAGGAUGUAAUUUUAUGACUUGUAAAUGUGGUGCUAAUUUUUGUAAUCUAUGUGAUAUUUAACUUGAGAGACAAGUAUAAUUUAGGAUUUAUUUUAUAAGGAUCAUUAUUCUCAUUUUGAAAACAAUAAUCCUUCUUAUGAUAAAUGUAAAAUAAAAGUAAAUGGUUAAUGGGUAACAAGACCUGUAGUUGAAGAGGUUAAGAAAGUUCAAAUAAAAUAAAUAAUUAAAGAACCUGAAAAUGUGAACAAUACUAUUCCUUGUCCUAAUUGUAAAUCAAUCAAUCCGAAAAUUACAAGGCUUUAACUCUAUGAUAGGAUUAUACAUUGUGGCAGUGUUAAAUGUUAAAAUAGAGCUUUUUGUUUAUUGUGUAAAAGGAUGCUUCCUCAUUAGGAAAUAUUAAAUCAUUUUACUAAUACAUUAGAAUGUAAGUUUAAAUGA